CCCUCGCGCGCGCUCGGAGGCAGAGACUGACUGGGACCGCAGGAGGAACAGGCAAAGCAAAGGGGAACGCAGAGGAUUCCAAAUCACCCCUUGCUAGACAACGCGGCGGCUCCAGGGGAAUCUAGGUGGGGACGUCUGAAGCGCAGUCAUAGGGCAUAUAUCACAAGAAGACCCUGACCGACCCCAUCGGCCUGUUGACCGACAUCUUUUGGAGAUAUUCACUUUGAAUUAUUCUCGCUCACGUUUUAAGAAACGCUAGUUCUGUUGCUUAACAACUGCAAUAACACUGGUGCUGCUACUACAUCGGAGGAAGCGGAAGGGGAGACUACGUAUAACAUUUUAUUUGGAUUUCUUUUAAAAGUACCUUUAAAAAGACAUUUUUGUGUUAAAACAUUUUGUAGGGGCUUGGAUUUCUCAGCCAUUGACAAUAUUUUGCACACCGAGUGUGUACAUUUCUCUGUCCUUUUUGGGAUAUACCUGUCUUGUUUCUCAUAACUCCCAUUGCAAAUCAGAGUUCUUUGACUGAUAGUAAUCAGUAAUUCGGCAUUUCAGGACUUUCCACGUCAAGAGAAAAACACUCAAAGGCAAAUCUCACCGCGAAAGACGGGGUCGCGUUCUGAAUCCAUUUACACCAUGAGCCAGGCGGAGAUAUCUACUUGUUCUGCACCACAGAGAGUAUUCCAAGAAGCAGUGAAGAAUGGCAACACAAAGGAACUCCACUCUCUUCUGCAGAACAUGACAAACUGCGAGUUCAACGUCAACUCCUUCGGGCCCGAGGGACAGACGGCGCUGCAUCAGUCAGUCAUUGACGGUAAUCUCGAACUUGUCAAAUUGCUGGUGAAAUUCGGUGCCGAUAUUCGUCUGGCCAACAGGGAAGGGUGGAGCGCCCUGCAUAUUGCGGCAUUUGGAGGACAUCAAGACAUAGUCCUAUACCUCAUCACCAAGGCAAAGUACUCCUCUGGCGCACGGUGAGCCGUUUUUUCGCUGUCAGGUAAACACGGAGAACCAGGCUCUUGUAAACCUGCGUUUCAAUUUACCUAGCUGUGCCAAAAUAGACGGCUACAUCCCGUUUCUUUAAAGCCAAAUGGGGUCUGUGCUACUCGUGAGGUGAAACACCGCAUGGUUCUGUCUGCUUUCAGCACAAAUCUUGAUAAAAAUGAACGCCCUGCUGUUGCGUUGGUACUUAAGCAUUUUCUUGAAUGUGUAAAUAGUUAGACCUAGACGGAUAAACAUGUUGGUGUUCGCACCCGAGGCUAGACCUCUUAUUGCCGCUGUUAAAAUGAAACGCUUCUUUAUCGGGCUUCGUAUGAAGUGUUCACCUGUAGCUAGUGCUCACUUGUUUGGCCUUUUAAAUUAUUUGUGUUUGAAUAAAGAUGGCACUUGAUGCUAUAGCUGCAUGCUGGAAAAUCUGAAAGGGAAGAGGUGAACACGGGAAUGAAGUCCAUCAAUCUGGCUAAAUGCUGUUUUUAACAUUUGGGUUUAUCAAUUAGGCUAACUGAUUUGGGUUUUUUUUUUUUUUUUCAAAAAGCGGCGCUACGCUGCCCCGUUUAUAUUUUAAUGGAUUCAUAAUUAUAACAACUGCCUAAAAGUUCUGAAGUACUGUACAAAAUAGCUUUACUUUGUUUCUUUGUAAAAGUAGAUGAAUGCGCUCUGCCUUCACCAAGCAGACGACUGGCAAAAGCUUCAGGCCAGUAAGACCAGAGUCAAUGGUUAAUGUGUUUUACCGCUGCUUUCGCUUUGUAUCAAAACGUCAGGAAAGUCGCAUUUGGAAUAUACCUUAUAAUCUCCUUUCAGUAUUUUAUUAACGCCCUGGUCAUUACUGUGAAUGCAGGCUAGGUUUUAUUUAUGAAGGUACAUUGAGAAGAUGCAUUUAAAUUAUGUUGUGGUUCUUAACAAAUUUGUAGGAUAAAAUGUUUAGGGUGACUUGAUGUCUAAGCUGCUUCGGUCUCUUUAAUAUUUACGAUCCCUUGAGGAGAUCCCACAUCACGCCUAAAUUUGUAUCUAACCACCUUUUCAAAAUAUAUUUUUCUUGAGAACACUCCUCUAGCCUAUUUUAUAUUUGGUUUUCUUUGCCAGCUACCUCGACUGUAUAGUAUUCAAGGGUAUUAGACUUGUUCACAUGGUUAUUGCAAGAUUUCAGCUUUUGGAGAUACUUCAGGAUUCAUUUGAAGAAUGUCUGAGUCGAUGGAGACAUCUGAUAUUAACCCGUUCGACGCUUGCUACAUUAUCUUUUGAAGUGAAAAGGAAAGGAAAAAGAGCAUGUGGUAGCGUGGACAUUAUGUUCAAUUAAACUGUAAUGUUGGAAUUUUAUUAAAUAGAAUUGAUUUCGUUUAAUAAAAUGAUAUGUUAACAACGAGUAGGUUUAUCACUAACAUCCCCACCCACAACUUCAGAACGAGCUUUCGGUCAUCAGUCGGAAUUUAUUUCCCACAAUACAACCAAACAUUUUUCUGUCGAGCAAGCUAAACAUCGUUUAUUUAUGUUUUUCUUCUAAAGGCAUGGUAAAAGAAUUGCAAAUAAUAGUUUAGCAGCUGAACGCAUGUGUUAUCGUUCCAUUUUCUUUCCAUUUGAUCUUUAAUGUUGAUUUAGCUUCAAAAAUAGAAUUUAAUGCAUGACUUAAAAAUGCAGGGAGCUUUGUUGCACAAAAGCGAAGCCUUUAACGCCCCCUAGUGCCUGUUUUGGUAACUGCAGGAGCUGAGGCUAACGAAUAGUUACUACUGAGCAGGACUUUGAACUUUUUAUUGUUACUGUAUUACUAUGAAUAUUGUCAUUAAUUCUACAUGACUAUAGCAGGAAAAUCGACAGACACAAACUGCCUGCUGCAUUUUGAAAGUCAUGGCACCCUAAUGUUCGUUUCAAUGCUGCUUAUAUAUAACUUUGUUUUUAUUUUAAAUUCAAAGGCCAACAGUGAGAAUGAUAAUAGAAUUACAUCAGAGAUAUUUGAUGAAAAGCCCAGUAUGUAUUGUUGUAUGUGUGUGGGUGUGUGUGCAUGUAUGUGUUUCUGUGUUGCAUGCAUUUGUUGUGUCAUAUUUUAGACGUACUCUGUGUCACCCCUGCUCCUAAUGUGGCCUUGUGUGGCUGGGCAUUGCCGAAAGUGAGACCAGGGAUUGUGGACUGUCCGUGUACCUGGAAAAACAAAAGCGAUUAACAUUGAGGACCAGAUUGGUAUAAACAUUUUUUAAAAUAUGCAUCGCUUGUCUUAAACUUGAGAUCUUUUUUUUUUUUUUUUUUUAAAUAUUGCACUGAUAACUGUUGUUAAUGGUUGGUUUCAUACCAACAUUUAUUUUUUUUCUAAAUAGAAAAAAGAACACAACAAAAUACUAUUGUAUAAAAAGCUCCAGGUUAUAUUGUCUUUUUCGUGUGUUACUUUGUAAAACGUAAUGUUUGCAAAGACGUUUGUAUCUCUGUGAUUGGGUGUAUGUAUAUCUAUAUAUAUGAAUAUAUAUAAAAGCUGAGAAAAAUCUUGGAGCACUUUCUUUUCUGAAGUGCAGUCCUCCUGUUGUAAUAAAAGGGGAACAAUACAUUUGAUGGUAAAAUCAUUGUAUCAAAAAUUGCACGAUGCAUAGUUAUUUCGCUUGACCGUGUCAUAACAUUUAUGGCACACAAGUAAAAUGACUAAAUAGGUUUAAAUGAAUGAAAAGUGCUGAAAUUGUUUUUGGACCAAGUUCUGUUUGCUUUGCUUUUUUUUUUUGCAAACAAAAGGUUGAGUUUCAUGAGUGAUGUGGAUGUUCCAUCGUGUUGAUUUGAUUUUUCUUUUUCUUUUUUUUUUGUUGUUUUGUUUGUUUCUAUUUUUUGAAUGUUGUAACACUGUGAUCAUGUGUGGAGAGGGACCGUGUGCUGUAAUUUUGUACGUUUGUGUACAAGCCAGUAAAGAAAUCAUUAAACUUUC